CACCACCACCGACAACACAACCUCAAACGAGAGCUAAAAACUAAACCAUUCCUAGAUAAAGGCUUUAUCAUAAUUUUUGUUUAUCAAUAUGCACAGUGUUGUUAGAGCUUUUUUUAAGACAGCUAGCCACACGCAACACCGAAGACAACAUGCAAUAGUGAGAUAAAGCCAAUGAGAAGGAGCAGAGUCUUUUCGUUUCAAUAAUAAUUGAACCAGAGUUAUAUUUAUUAAAAAAAGGUAAGUCCUUAACGAAUCGGUGUAAUUAGACUUAACAACUUGAUCAAUAAUUUCUAUAAUUUUCCAAAUCAAUUUUACAAAUUCCUUUCUCAGGGUAUUGCCUUGAAAUGUGUUAGCGAAGAUUGGGUCAAAAUGUGUAACUCGUUGCAACUAAACGCGUCUUUCCACCAGUGGUAUUGGACUGAAUCAGUGUUUCCCUAACUUUCGACACCUCUGUACACCUGUCUAUAGUAUUCUUAAAUUUGAGUGCAUCUCGUUAAAAAAUGGCACAUACCUUAAUAAUAACAAAAUAGUUAUUUAUUUCCCUGACAGCACGUAACCACCCCCACCCCAACCAAACUCAUCCCCGUACCAUCAAGGGUUUCUCGUACCACGCUUUGGGAAACACGGGACUACAUGAAAAUUACAACUUUCGUCAAAAGUAACAGUUCUAAAGAGAAAGAGAAAACAUUGGCAUCUGUAAAUGUAUUUCUCCUGUAAGAAACUAACAUACUUGCAGUUAGCAUUUUGAUUUACCACAGGUAUGUGUAACGUGAGUGUUCAUAGUGUGCACCACUUCCCUGUAGACAGUGUUCAUAACGAUGACUUAUAUUUUCAAACUUAACUUUGAACAAUUGUUGCCGCAUAUCAGUUCUGUUGUCAGCGUUUGUUUCUGACAUCUUCGCGCCCAGGGUCAGCUGCAUCCUCAUCUUAACUCUUAAUAAGAGAACGGCCAAUGCCAGUCAAGAUUAGAUUGAUGUAUCAGUUGUUUAUGGGAUUUACCUCAAAACUAAAUUUAGAGACUCCAGAAAGUACAAAGUACUGCAUUGUCUUACAUAUAAAGAAAUAUGACCACAUCACGCCAGAUGUUAAAGAUCUCCAUUGGGUUCCUGUGAGUGAGCGCAUUAACCACACAAUUCUGUCCGUAUAGCUGCUUAGAAAGCUCUGCAGUUGUAUAUCUUCAAAAACUGAUUGAUCAACAUGUAUCCAGACAGAACCUGCGCUCUUCAACACAGUCCUUACUGAGAGUUCCCAGUGUGAAUGGACACAAAAAAGUCAUACGGAGUGCGCUCUUUUGAAGCUACUGCGCCUUAAUUGUGGAAAAGUUAGCCUCAAUCCUUGAGAGACAUUGAAAAUUAUAAAAAGUCAUCUAAUAACCAUUUAAAGCCCUAUUAUAUUUAAAUAGAUUUUAGGGCAUCAGUGCGUUGAGAGCAUGCUCAAUAGCAUGAACACAAGCGCUUAAAAAACACUCAGUCAUCAUUGUUCCCCAUUCGUGCAGAAGGAGACUUCUUUCACGAGUUAUGCGGGCACAGUUCUUGGUGAAUCUUUACUGUUGAGAAUACUCUACUUUAACAUUUCCCCACACCCGAGGCAUCAGGUGGCGAAAGAUCAGUGAAGUGAGACGAGUAAAGGAUGUCAGUGCCACGUGAAAUGAUUCUUCCACAAAAGUUUUUCUGCAGCAUGGCCAUUGAUUCUCGUGGUGUAUCGCUGGUGGCCACGUCCUGAUUAUACUUACUACCCCUUAAAUGUUAGUACAACAGUUUAGCUAGUACAACAGAGUUAGUACAAAAUAGAAGUUAUUACAAUAGAGAAAUUAUUAGUACACCAGAGAAGUUAGUGCAGCACAUCAGUUAAUACAACAGAGUAAUUAAUACAGGAUGGCAGUUAGUACAAAAUAGCAUUUAGUAAAACAUGGCAGUUAGUACAACAUUGCAAUUGCAGAUAGAACAAGAUAGUAGUUAGUACAACAAAGUAAUUAGUGAAACAUAUAAUUUAGCAUACCAUAGCAGUUAGCACACCAUAGACUCUGGCACACCAUAACAGCUGGCACACCAUAACUGCUAUAUCGCACCAUAGCAGCUGGCACACCAUAGCAGUUGACCCCAGUGCAUUUGGCACACCAUUGCAGUUGGCACACCAUAGCAGUUGACACCAUUGCAUUUGGCACACCAUAGCAAUUUAUCUUUGCAUUUAUGGUUCGUUUUUUUUCAAAAUUUGAUAUCACAGAGUGCUGUUGAUGAUAAAGUAGAUUGCAGAGCAAGGGGGUGUGUAAGGAAGGUUUAGUUAAGGUGCGAGAAGGACUAAGAUUGGAUCGGGCAGGUAGAGACGGUUGAAGAAGAUAAUGGUCAAUGAGAUAUAAAAAUGAUGUUUUUUAUAUGUAAAAUAGUAUUUCAUACAAAGCUCUUGUAUUAGUGAGAAAAACUAGAGAUAAUUCAAGGCAUCAAGCAGUAAGGCCUAAUCUUAAGUGAUGAUGUUGAACGAAAACAAUGUUGUGGUUUUAAAAUAUGAAACCGGGAGUUGAAUUCCAAUAUUAGUUUAAUCAUUAAAAUUUAAAAAAAAACAAAAAAAACUUGGAUAUUUAAAACUGGGAUACGUCACUGCGAGUGCUCUACUGCUUCCAGGGUUCAGAUCCAACGACGCCACCCACUCAAUGGUAAAUUUUCUUUUUAUGGGUCGUUUGGGUCUUCUUGCCAAACCACGUUAUAAAGACUUCCUUUUAUUUUGGCACCGUUGUCUAGGGUCUUGUAUAACUGCAGCACAAAGGUCAAGAACUCUAGUAUCUGUGAAUAAUGACGCGAAAAACACUUCUUAAUAUAGACUUUUCUUAAAUCUUGACAAUCACAGGUGUAUCCACGUCCCUGUUGACCUCAUUAAACCUCAUUACACUCAGGACACAUGUUUAUUGCUACCCCAAUUUCCCCUAAUCACAAUUUGGACACAAAACAACAAACUCGUGGUGGCCACAAACUCAUGUUGACAACAAACCCACGGUGACAACAAACAAAACUCGUGGUGACAAAAAACUGAUGGUGGCAACAAGCUCAUGGUGACAACAAACUCAUGGUGGCAACAAACUCAUGGUGGCGACAAGCUCAUGGUGACAACAAACUGAUGGUGACAACAAACUGAUGGUGGCGACAAGCUCAUGGUGACAACAAACUCAGGGUGACAACAAACUCAUGGUGACAACAAACUAAUGGUGACAACAAACUAAUGUUGACAACAAACUAAUGGUGACAACAAACUAAUGGUGACAACAAACUCAGGGUGACAACAAGAACAUGGUGUCGACAAGCUCAUGGUAACAACAAACUCAUGGUGACAAGAAACUAAUGGUGUCAAUAAACUGAUGGUGACAACAGACUCAUAGUGACAACAAACUAAUGGUGACAACAAACUGAUGGUGACAACAAACUGAUGGUGACAACAAACUCGUGGUGACAACAAACUGAUGGUGAACACAAACUGAUGGUGACAACAAACUCGUAGUUACGACAAACUGAUGGUAACAACAAACUCGUGGUGACAACAAACUGAUGGUGACAACAAACUCGUGGUGACAACAAACUGAUGGUGACAACUCACACUAACUACAAAGAUGGCCAUACCUUUAACACUUAGCUCUGCACACUGCUUGAUGUUGUUUUUUAUGUUUUAGAAGGAAAAAGUAUCCCGUGUCAUCGACGUAUAAAUGACAGUUUAGUUAAUGAAUAAAACAUAUUUGCUUAAAAAUGCUUACACAUAAAGCAAACCCAAAAGGAGAAUGUUAAUGAUUUGACAGCGCAAAUAGUAUUGACAUUUUAUUUCAUACAGAUUAUUAUAAUUUAAUUUGAGAAGCACCUUAUUCUAUAGGAAAGCCGAAAACGCUGAGCAAACUACGCAACUAACAUUUUUAUCAAUUAGAUCCCAUUAUAAAUUUAAAGCUUUGUUGUGGUCGUGGAGCAUAAUAAUUUGUAUUGUAAUUUUUCAAUAGCCAUUCCAACAUGAUGCUGUCAAGUGAUGUCGAUCUCCUUCUCAUAGGCACAACCGGAAACGGGAAGAGUGCAGCAGGAAAUUCUAUCCUCAAACGAAGAGCUUUCAAAAGCGGCGGUGUCUUCUCGUCAGUCACAAAGAGAAUCGACUACGAGGUGAGUGACUUCAACGGCCGAAUUCUAAAAAUUGUCGACGGACCUGGCGUCGGGGACACACGGAUGAACACGGAUGAGGCGGUGAAACUUGUCUUAAAUGCGACGGCAGAGGCCAUAGCCACAAACCCAAAGGGCUACCACGCGUUUCUCCUGGUCGUGAAGUACGGCCACCGAUUCACUGGAGAGGAGCAAGAAACUAUUGCGUUUUUGAAGAAAAUUUUUGGAGAGUCGUUUGUUAAACAAUUUUGUGUUCUGCUCAUGACUCACGGAGACGACUUCGAGAUUGAGAGCGAAGACACUGGCCAGACGUUUGAAGGCUGGUGCAGGUCACAGACGGGAGCUUUUAAAUCUAUCCUGUCAGAGUGUAAUAACAGAAUUGUUCUAUUCAAUAAUAUAACAAAAGAUGAAGACAUCAGAGACAAACAACUACGACAGCUGUUAUCUGUAGUGGACCGACUGAGUUCAAAAGGUCAGAGAUACACGGACACAAAUUUUGAGGAAGCCAGAGAUGCCCGUACGCGCAUCUUGGUUGACUUACAGGAGCCACUUAUACGGGAGGAGACCAUGCAAGAAACUAGUCUCAUUCUACAAAAGCUGGAGCAGAUUCAGGCUUGUGGCCAUUUCGAAAUCAAACUAGACCUCUUGGAGAAGCUCCUUGUUCGGGCAAAAGCUCUAUUUACCAGUACAUUGAAUUUAGACAGAGGAACCGGGGCAAUACAUGAAAUCUUCCUGACCGUCAAGACCUUGAAAUCAACAAUAUCAGAUGAAAUCAAAUUCACAAUCCGUAGCCAGGAGGAGAUCCAGCGGUACAAUGAGAAACAAGGGGAGAUAAAGAGGAAAGCUGAUGAAGAGACUGAGAGAGUUCGUCUAAAGUUCGAGCUCAUAUUGAAUCAGAACACACUUGAACACCAGCGAAAAAUUGAGAUUUUAAGACAACAAAAGAAAUCACACGAAGAGCUGGAAAGGAAAAUGAAUACAAAGAGAGAACGCAGUCUCGGGGAACACAUGAACAAGCUUGAAAAGCGACGUCUUAAACAGGGACAUAAAACGGAAAAGCUGGAGAAACAAUACGGACAGACCAAGGAGAAAAAUGACCGGAGUAUUUUAAACAAGAUGCUCAGCGGAAUCCUGGCCUUUCAAGAAAAUAGCCAGCUUGUUCAGCUAAAAGUCCACAGCAGCAGCUGAUCUCAGCAAUUCCUUAUUCGAACUUCAUUACGAUUUUUGCUUAUAAUAAGAAAGAAGGACAAAUAUUUUUAGUUAGUUUAAAGUAAACGUAAUUAGAAUUGAGCUUUGUAUUUUUUUUUAAUAAACAACAGUCAGAGUUAUAUCAUAAAUAGAUGGUAGGGAUUUUUUAAAACAAAAAUUCUUACAUAUUAUUCACAAAACCAAACUACUUUAGAAGGAUCUCAUUUAAACGGCCCACCGUAAAUACACGAUAUUUGAAGAGCUAAUGUGCAGGCUUGUCAGCAAACCAACAAACGAAAAUGCUUCUCAAAGAAACGCGUUUAAAUAUCCUUCCCUAGUUGAGAUAUUUGUAACCAAAUGUCGUUGUAGAACAUCAUUAAAAAAAAAACAUUAAACAAAUUUGUUAUCAAGUAAGUGCCAAUGAAAAAAAAAAGAUUUUAAGAUGCAAUUUUGAGUAUUAUGUGAUUUGUUUUCGUAGUAUAAUUUCCGGUACAUUUAAAACAAUGUUGUUUUGGUUUUUGUUAUUUGAAUAGAAUAGUUACAUGUGAUAUUCAAUAAGUGGCAUGCAUAGGAGAUUAUCCGAAUUUUGUCUCCAUAAGACGAUGUCACUCCUCUAGCCCGCCCCUUUUCAGCCCAUUUCUCUCACCCAUCCCCUCACGCCCCUCUCUUCUUUCACUCCUCCCCUCUCACCCAUCCGCACUCAUCCCUCCCAGCUCUCACGUGACCUUUCAACUGCCCCCCCACCCCGCCUCUUUUUUUUGGUGUGCAAUCUCACGCCUGUCCUUCUGUCGUUAAGCAUUAAAAAGAUAACAUUGUUUAUACAUCAAAACUUAGUCUCAUCCCAGUACAUUGA